CAAGAAAGAAAAGAACACCCCCGCUACAAAUAAAUCCUCGACGCUGCGACUCCGUUUGCUAACCCAAAGAAAAGCUGAGAUUUAUGGCAGGUAUGGAAAGAUUACAAAGAAUGUUCGCCGGAGCAUCAGGCGGUUUGGGACACCCUCCACCCGAUUCUCCGACUCUCGAUUCCUCCGAGCAAGUCUACAUCUCCUCUCUCGCCCUUCUCAAAAUGCUCAAACACGGAAGAGCUGGGGUUCCUAUGGAAGUUAUGGGAUUGAUGCUCGGGGAGUUUGUGGAUGAGUAUACCGUUCGCGUUGUUGAUGUAUUUGCUAUGCCUCAGAGCGGUACCGGUGUUAGUGUUGAAGCUGUUGAUCAUGUCUUUCAAACUAAUAUGCUUGAUAUGCUCAAACAGACCGGAAGGCCGGAGAUGGUUGUUGGGUGGUACCAUUCACAUCCCGGAUUUGGCUGUUGGCUCUCUGGUGUUGAUAUAAACACACAGCAGAGUUUUGAAGCUCUAAAUCAACGGGCUGUGGCGGUUGUGGUGGAUCCUAUUCAGAGUGUUAAAGGGAAAGUGGUUAUUGAUGCCUUUCGUUUGAUUAACCCACAAACAAUGAUGCUUGGCCAGGAACCACGACAGACGACUUCUAAUCUUGGGCAUCUGAAUAAGCCAUCAAUUCAGGCGUUGAUCCAUGGACUGAACAGGCACUACUAUUCAAUAGCCAUUAAUUAUAGAAAGAAUGAACUUGAGGAAAAAAUGCUUCUUAACCUUCACAAAAAGAAGUGGACAGAUGGAUUGACACUGAGGCGAUUUGAUACUCAUUCUAAAACCAAUGAGCAGACAGUCCAGGAGAUGCUGAACUUAGCUGUUAAAUAUAAUAAGGCAGUGCAAGAGGAAGAUGAGCUGUCACCCGAGAAGCUAGCUAUCGCAAAUGUAGGAAGGCAAGAUGCAAAGAAGCACCUUGAAGAGCACGUCUCUAACCUGAUGUCUUCAAACAUAGUCCAAACUUUGGGUACGAUGCUCGACACAGUUGUUUUUUAGUGUAACGUGUUUCAUAUCUCUGUAUUCUCGACUGGCUCAGCAUCUGAUUCAGCUAGAAACCUUAGUCUUUUGAACUCAAGGUCGAACAAUAUUGCUCAUGUACUUCUUUACAUCAUGGAUUUCAGUUAUUUCUGGCUGCUGUGUACCAUGGCUUCAUGUUUGCUUGUAGGUACUAUAAUUUGUUAAAAUUCCAAGAAUGUCUCAUCUCUGCAGCUAUACUUGAAUCUGAGCUUCCUUUUCUUUUC